GUUGAAAAGGACAGAGAAAUCGCAAAGGACGGACCGUUUCUGGAAGGGUUAUAUCCUUACAGUAUAUCCCGUUACGAAGGUGUAUCGGGUCUUUCCGCCCUGAAUUUCAUUUCUCGCCAAAUUAAAUAUCCAGGAACACCCUCCGGUGUCAACCACACCAUCUGUGCACAGCUCAUCCAUCAUGACUGACAACCAAGACCUUCCUACUCUUCAUCCAUCCGUCAUCGAUCGACUCGAUCCUCAAUUUGUCGAGAUCUAUAACAAGUAUCAAGGUUGGUUGUCACAAUUUGGGGUUAAUUAUAUAUAAAAGUAAUAAUGGCCAUGAACAGCGCCAAAAUUACGAGCUGACCAGGUCCCAUACGAGGUCUACAAUGCCAACAGGUCAAAAUAUUCAUUUCCUAUUGCUCCAGGGCCUAAACCUCAAGUGGGACGGCUGGAAACAUUUGAGGUCCUGGUAACAGAGCCGAAGGGAAAAAUUAAUGUCAGAGUGUACUUUCCAACGGAAGAGGCAGCCCUUAAAGGUGGUUUGAGUGCCAAAGAUGGAAGGCUUCCAGCUCAUGUGGAAUUCCAUGGAGGUGGAUUCGUCAUUGGAGACUUGGAAACGGACGACUCCUGGUGUAGACAGGUCUGUCAAGCGGUCGGAUGUAUUGUUUUGAACGUGGAUUAUCGGCUUGCCCCGGAUUAUCCUCACCCGACCCCUCUUGAGGAUUCCUGGGCUCCUCUUCGAUGGGCCAUCGAUACCGCUGACGAUCGUGGGAUUGACAUUUCCCGAGUAUCUAUUGGUGGGAUAUCUGCUGGUGGUCAGCUUGCAGCAGUCCUCGCCUUGAUGGCGCGCGACACUCCCAAUUUUCCAAAAUUGGUUCUCCAGCUUCUCACAGUUCCCAUCGUGGAUGCGAGAUUUGUUCCUCUUGAAGGACCAUGCCCCCCUGAAGAUCCAUACAAGAGCCAUCAUGAGAAUGAGUUUGCUCCUUGCUUGCCUUUGAACAGACUUCGUUGGUUUUACAAGCUUUGGUUGGGAACAGAUAUGGGUACGUAACAACGUCCCUCUUUACCUGCCGAACAUCAGAGGUCUCGCUCACAGAAUGAUGAAGAGAAAAGAGAGGAGUUGACCAAAGACUUCCGAGCUUCCCCAAUUCUCGCCUCGUCUCAUGCCAACCUUGCACCAGCUUCGAUUCAUGUCGCCGGAGUUGACAGUUUAACCUCGGAGGGCAUAACAUAUCAUGAGACCCUUUUGAAAGCUGGCACUGACAGUACAUUGACAAUUUAUGAGGGUUGUGGUCAUCCAUUCUCAGCUAUGGAUGGAGAACUUGAGAAAGCAAAAGAGUAUGUUCGGAACACAAUUAGUGACUUGAAGGCAGCUUAUGGCGCUAUAUCAUAAGCAAAUAUGGUUCUGAUUUCGUUGUGAUAAUGGAGGAGGAUUAUCAUUUGGAUAUUGCUCUACGCUUUUGGACCCUUUAUUUUGACUCUUUUUUAUAGGCCUUUGGAUAUUCCAGAUAUGCGAUACUACAUGUUACAGUUUACAUAUAUCAUGUUUCGCGAGUAGAAGCAAU